UCGCCGUCGCCGUCCGCCGGAAGCGCUCGCCUGACCCUGCGCGCCGCGGAAGAUGGCGCUGGAAGCUGGCGACAUGGAAGAGGGGCAGCUUUCCGACUCGGAUUCCGACAUGACGGUCGUCCCCAGCGAUAGGCCUCUGCAAAUGGCGAGAGUCCUAGGUGGGGGCAGUGCUGCGUGCGCACCAGUGUCACAUUAUCGGACUGUUAAACAUGUGGACUCCAGCGAGGAGAGUCUAGAUUCCGAUGACGAUUGCUCUCUUUGGAAACGCAAGCGACAGAAGUGUCACAACCGUCCUCCCAAGCCAGAGCCCUUCCCAUUUGGACCAAGUGGUCAGAAAACAGCUCUCAACGGUGGAAAGAAGGUGAACAACAUCUGGGGCGCCGUGCUCCAGGAACAGAAUCAAGAUGCAGUGGCCACGGAACUUGGCAUCUUGGGAAUGGAAGGCUCCAUCGACAGAAGCAGGCAGUCUGAGACCUAUAAUUAUUUGCUUGCUAAGAAACUUGCUAAGAAGGAAUCUCAAGAGUACACAAAGGAACUGGACAAAGAUCUAGAUGAAUAUAUGCAUGGUGACAAAAAACCAGGGUCAAAGGAAGAGGAGAAUGGGCAAGGUCACCUCAAACGGAAACGACCUGUCAAAGACAGACUGGGUAACAGAGUGGAAAUGAACUACAAAGGGCGCUAUGAGAUCACAGAAGAGGAUUCUCCCGAGAAGGUGGCCGAUGAGAUCGCCUUCAGGUUGCAGGAACCCAAGAAGGACCUGAUAGCCCGGGUGGUGAGGAUACUGGGAAACAAGAAGGCCAUUGAGCUUCUGAUGGAGACAGCCGAAGUCGAGCAAAAUGGUGGCCUUUUCAUAAUGAACGGUAGCCGACGAAGAACACCCGGUGGAGUUUUUCUGAAUCUCCUGAAGAACACACCGAGCAUCAGCGAAGAACAGAUUAAGGACAUUUUCUACAUUGAAAAUCAAAAGGAAUAUGAAAAUAAAAAAGCUGCUAGAAAAAGAAGAACACAGCUAUUGGGGAAGAAAAUGAAACAAGCUAUUAAAAGUCUGAACUUCCAGGAGGAUGACGACACAUCUCGAGAAACGUUUGCAAGUGACACUAAUGAGGCCCUGGCCUCUCUGGACGAAGCCCAGGAAGGACCUGGUGAGACCAAGCUGGAUGCUGAGGAGGCCAUCGAGGUGGACCACCCUCAGGACUUGGACAUCUUCUAAGCACACUGGGGACAUUUUGAAGAAUAAACCUUUGUUUAAAAAAAGUUGUUACCAUUUCUACUGAGGUUGCUUUACUGUACUGAAACUAGAGAAAGGGGCGCUGUUUGUGUUCCUGUGAAGUAGUCAUAUAUGUGGGCAGUCGGGUGCCCUCGGCAGCAGUGUGGAGGGAUGGCUGAGUCUGACGGUGCACACACAGCACGGGUUCGUUCUCAUUCUGUGGCAUGUGCCGAUGUUAGCUUGGGUGGCGCUGACCGCUCUGUUCAGCCCACUGUUUCAUGCCAUUAAGACACUUUGGUUUUCUGAUUCAUCUUGGUGAACUAUGCUUUGGUUUCACAUUCCAUUAAACUAUUCUGUACCAUG